AUGGGUGGGCGGGAUACUUGGUGUGCACUCUGCGGUGCUGUAACACGAGAGCUAUGGUGGCAAGACGAAGAUGAUGGAGAGGAGGACUGCUACGAUCACUCUGUCAUCACCCUUGAGGACACCCUGUGGUUGGGAGAAUGUACUCUGGUAGGCCCAUGGAGCUCAGAAGAUGAGGACUCGGAAAAUGAAGACUUUCACCUCAUCCCAGCCACCUACUGGGACCAUGGAGCCUUCGAGUUCGACACCGAAGAGGGAGGAGGCAUGAUAUCAGCCUACGAUGACGGUGGUGACCUGGCACUCGGGUACCCCAUGCAUGACGCAUGCUUCGAGCAGCUCCGUAGAGUCUUGGCCCCUAAGCCCAUCGACCCGAGAGUCCUCUACCGGCUGUUCGACAGGUAUUCCUCUCCACCUGGUGGACCUCUGGACAUAUCCUAUGGAGGGGCUGAAGAGUAUCAUCACCAGUAUUGGCCUUCCGACCGAGGAGCCGAGCACAUUGUCUUCUCCCCGUGCUCGAGUCCUGAGCUCCAAGCCUGGUAUCAGUCCCUAAUCAACCCCGUUCUAGAAAACCAGGACAGACCUCCAGUCAUCCGAGAGUCUACCAAGCCCGGAAACGACCCUUUUGAGAAGCUUCAGCCCGAAAUCUUGCUACAUAUCAUGAGCUACAUGGUCAUGCCGCAUGCCUGGCCAUGGAGAAUAGCCUCAAGAGCUGUGGCUCGUCUCGAACUGAGAGACACCUUCUGGAAGUUGAGAUUCCAAGAGGACUUGCCCUGGCUGUACGACUUUCCUCGGAUAGACGAAGAUCUUUCCAAGCACAUCAACUGGGAAACUCUGUACAAGAGGAUCUGGAGGGCCGUUCUCACACAUGGUCCUGAAAAGCAUCUGGCACUCGCAAAUCGAUAUCGCAUGUGGAACAUAAUCGGAUGGAUCGCCGAUGUCUAUCUUAAUUACAAGGAAGGCGAGGACCAAGGACAACCGAAACAGCCUGCAUCCCUUGUGGACGCCAUAUCAACGCCCAUGGCACCACUGACUUGUGUUGAGUUGGAGCACUCAAUCCACGAGCAAACUCUUCUUCUCCGCAAUUUCGACGAAUUGCCCACCACUCGACCCAACAUUGAAGUCAGCUGGACCCCGCUGGGCGAGCUAAAGAGCAUCGCAGUUGAGUACGUGCCCUGGCUAGCGUCCAGGUCCGUCAAGAAGAACCGGGUCGCCAUACCCACCGAUUGCUGGCUCAAAGGGAUCGUGAUCACAACUGAGAAGAACCCAGCCGACUACCCGAGGAUCAUCGGUCUCAAGUUUCUAUUCCCGGACGGUGGAAACGUGCAACUUGGUGAAGCCGAGGGAGAUGAGCGCGAGGAACUUGCUCUGCCUGAUCACUUCAUCGUCGGGUUCAAAGCUGUAGAGACGCUUACUGGCACUAUCUCGAGGCUGGGACUGGUUCAGCAACCGGCGUGCAAGGUUCCUCACCGUAGACGUCUGCUAAGAGAGUAA